CGGCGAGCCCGGCCGCAGUUCCCCGCCGGAGGCUGGGACGCGCGGAGACUGAGGUGCCCGGCAGAGCGCGAUGGCCUCGUGGGGCGAGCGGCUGGCGGGCGUGCGCGGGGUGCUGCUCGACAUCUCGGGCGUGCUGUACGAUGGCAGUGAGGACGGCGGCAUGCCGAUCCCUGGCUCCGUGGAGGCGGUAGCGAGACUGAAGCAGUCACAGCUGAAGGUGAGGUUCUGCACCAACGAAUCGCAGAAGUCCCGGGGAGACCUGGUGGAGCUGCUUCGGCACCAUGGCUUCGACAUCUCCGAGAGCGAGGUGACUGCCCCCGCCCCAGCCGCCUCUCUGAUCCUGAAGGAGCGAGGCCUGCGGCCACACCUGCUUGUCCAGGACGGAGUCCGCUCAGAAUUUGAUCAGAUUGACACCUCCAACCCCAACUGCGUGGUCAUUGCAGAUGCUGGAGAAAGCUUUUCUUACCAAAACAUGAAUAAGGCUUUCCGGGUGCUCAUGGAGCUGGAAAGUCCUGUGCUCAUCUCUCUGGGAAAAGGACGCUACUACAAGGAGAACUCGGGCCUGAUGCUGGACGUUGGUGCCUACAUGAAGGCGCUCGAGUACGCCUGUGGAAUCGAGGCUGAAGUGGUGGGGAAACCUUCUCCUGAGUAUUUCCAGUCGGCCCUGAAGGAGAUGGGGGUGGAAGCCCAUGAGGCCAUCAUGAUCGGAGACGAUAUCGUGGGAGAUGUUGGCGGUGCCCAGCGGUGCGGAAUGAGGGCCCUGCAGGUGCGGACGGGAAAAUUCAGGCCCAGUGAUGAGCGGCAUCCGGACGUGAAGGCUGAUGGAUACGUGGACAACCUGGCAGAGGCCGUGGACCUGCUUCUGCAGCACGCGGACAAGUGACGAGCCUCGUAGGGCGACCCCCGCCUGGCGCCACCCCUCCCCUGGGCCCCAGGGUGCAGGCCAGGCUUGCUUCCCCCAGCCUCCCGUGGAGCUGUUCCUCCGGGGAUGGCCUGCUGCCCCAGCCACCCCCAACCCGGUGAAGUCAGACAGUGGGACAGACCCGUCUGGGUGUCUCCAGACGAGGAGAACCCUUGUCUCUAGGAACGCUCUCUAGCCGCACCCAGUCGUAUGAGUGUCCCAGCUGACUGGCCUGAGGGACCUUGACUCCCCGGCCCUCUGUCACACGUUCUGUGCAUUUGACGGAGGGGCCUGGAGAAGGCGGGGGCUUCCUGCACCGUCCAUGCAGCCUGGGGCUGAAGCAGCCUCCCUGGGAUGGCCCAGCAUCCCCCGCCGGCCUCCUUGCUCCCACCCUGAGUCCAAGUGGCCCCUUGGCACCCCUUCCCCCUCCUACCCCAAAAGGCACCUUGGAGCCCAAGGCUGGGGCAGCUCCCCGGGGACCCUGAAGACUGCCGUCCUAUAAUCAAGAACUAACCUUGUGGGUCAAGGCUGUGGGCCCAGAGGGUGGUCCAGGGCCCUAACUCGGUAGACGUGAAUGUGUCUUGCCCAGCGUCUGCCGGGGCAGCUACUGGUUAAAUAAAUAAACUGUCCUGACCC